GCCCACCCUCUCCUUCCUGCCCUUACAGACAGGUUCUCUCCCUCUUGCCCUUCUCCACAUGUUCUCUCCCUCCUGCCCUCUGUCCGCAGGUUUGCUCGCUCAUGUCGUUACCCUGGAUGCCCCUGCCAGCCUACCCUGUUCCUCGUGCCCCUAUCCACACGUUCUCUCCAUCCUUUCAUUGACCUCGAGAUCUCUCCCUCAUAUCCAUUACGAAACCUCGCGCGACCGGAUGUGCAUCGAUGCGCCUGAUGCGGGCAUUGACUUCUACACGACCUUCUACCUCCGCAUGGUGGACCUUCACACGGUUUUGGUGAUGGAGGGCUACGACGUGUCUUUCGUGGCUGUUCAGGAGGCAAUGACCGACAACAACUACAACGAUAAGUUCAAGCGAAGGAGGUUUGGGCAGUUGGUGAGCACCUGGGGCUCGGCGAAGCCACCCCCAGGGGUGCACUCCGGGCAGCCUUUUGCCAACAAGAUCUUCUUUCAGGCGGCGUCGACUAUGGGCUGACCCGCCGCAGGCACACCACGAUGGGCCUCUCUAACUCACACCCCAAGAACA